AUGAAUCUCAACUUCACCUCUCCUCUCCACCCGGCGUCUUCUCAGAGGCCCACGUCGUUUUUCAUCGAGGACAUUCUGCUACACAAGCCCAAGCCGCUGAGGGAGGUGGCCCCUGACCACUUUGCCAGCUCUCUGGCCUCAAGGGUGCCUUUGCUAGACUACGGCUACCCCCUUAUGCCCACACCCACCCUCCUCACCCCUCACGCCCAUCACCCUCUGCAUAAAGGGGAUCACCACCAUCCUUAUUUCCUGACCACCUCAGGGGUGCCUGUCCCAGCGCUGUUCCCGCACCCACAGCACGCAGAGCUGCCAGGGAAGCACUGCCGCCGCCGCAAAGCUCGCACGGUGUUUUCUGACUCGCAGCUCUCCGGCCUGGAGAAAAGGUUUGAAAUCCAGCGCUACCUGUCGACGCCAGAGCGUGUGGAGCUGGCCACUGCCCUCAGCCUCUCGGAGACUCAGGUGAAAACGUGGUUCCAGAACCGGCGGAUGAAACAUAAAAAGCAGCUGAGGAAAAGUCAAGACGAACCCAAAGCCGCAGAUGGACCUGAGAGCCCCGAGGGCAGCCCCCGUGCCCCGGAGGCUGCGGCCGAAGCUCGGUUGAGCCUGCCGGCCGGCGCCUUCGUACUUACAGAGCCCGAGGACGAGGUGGACAUAGGGGACGAAGGCGAGCUCAGCUCAGGGCCGCACGUGCUCUGA